CGAUGACGCGAUCCCUCCUCUCACUAUCACUCAGUCCGCCGCCCGCGGUGCACGUGCCCGUCGUGCCCGCGCCCAUGUCUCGCGAGGACCCCCCUGGCUGGAGCUCGGUGCGCGCCGUGCUGGCGGGCCUGGCCAAGGUCCGCGAUGCCCUCCGCGUGUCGUGCCGGGGCGCGCGGCACCUGGUGGCCGGCGCUCUGCAUCCUGGCCGUCCUGGCCGCCAGUCCACGCGGCAAGUUCUUCUGCGCCGCGCGAGACCCAUCGUCGUCGGGGAGGGCUGACCGGCCGAUGGAGCAGGCCGCCGACGUCGAGGGCAGGAUAGCCACGGGUGACCCCGCUGCCUCCAAGCAGGACGACGCCCAGCGCUUCAGCGACGCCUUCUUCCAGUGCUACUCGGCUGACGCCGCGCGGGCCGAGUCUGCCGGUGGCGCGCUGUCGUGCGUCGGCGAGGGUGCGCGCGUCGGCCUGGAGUCCUUCUUCACGCGCAAGGACCUGCACGUGUCCGACGGCCUGGCCCUGGUGCGCGAGGAUGCCGCGCAGCCGGACCCCGCCGGCAGGGAGGUGCCGUUCCCCCAAGACCACUUGUACGACGGGCAGCACCGCUCUGUGAUCGACUCGGCAGCCGCCUACCUGUCGGCCAGGUCCCUGCGCUGGGACAUGAGCGGCCUGUACCCCGGGCUCAUCAUGCGGGUGGGCCCCACGCUGUCCGGCAGCGGCUGGCUCGAGUUCGUCCUGGAGCCGAGGAGGGCCUACACCGACCGGCAGCUCGGCCCCGGUCGCACUGUGCUCAAGCAGGUCGUGCUCCCGUUCCUGCUGGGGCUCAAGGUGUCGGUGGCUUCGCUGGUGCCGCUGCUGCUCUUCGCCAUCGUGUUCCUCGCCAAGAAGGCCCUGCUCAUGAGCCAGCUCUCGGCGCUCGUGUCGGGGCUGAUGGGCUUCGGCGCCUACUCGCAGUACGGCGCCUACGGCGGCCACCCGCACGCCUUCGGCGGGGGCGGCGACCCGGGCUUCGGCGGCCUCGGCGGCCCGCACCUCGGCAACCCCCUGGUUCCGCUGAGGACGUCCCCGCAGGUGUUCCCCACGAACCCGCGGCUGCCGCCGCCCGUCGAGGAGGGUCCGAACAUUCUCCACACCGGUGCCAACACCCUGCCGGGCACCCUGUCCGGCGGCUUGGGCGGCGGUCUCGGUGGCAGCUACGGCCUCUCGCCCACCUGGCUGUCGGGCACUCCACAGCACCUGUUUCGCAAGGUCAACUACGACCUCCGCGACGAACGCCACGCCACCGCCGCCUCCUCGACGUCCGCGGCCUCGUCGAACUCGCCGAGGAACACGAAGGGGUUCCGCUGGGAGGACGAGGUGCGCCAGGACGACGGCGACCCCAGGGCCGCGCCCGAGGCAGAGCAGCGGCGCGCCAGCAGCGACAGGAGCAGCAACAACAUUUGGGGGACCUUGUCGCUUGGUUAGCAGCCAACCCCUUGCACCCUUCAAGUGGGGGCAGCAUUCCCCUACCAACGAGGAUCCUUCUUUCUCUUUCGGGUAACAAACCAAAGAAUGGUGCGGAGUUUCUUUUAUAUAGUUGUAUAGUGCAGAGCUGCUAAUAUUGAAUAAAAAUAUUUGGUAUGCAAGUAACAGCAGUAUUUAAAUGUAGCAGUAGACAAUGUGUUAUAAUUAAAAAGUGAUGGAGCAACACA